AUGUUUUCUUCAAUCGUUUAUCUCUCUUACACGUUCGUUGUAUUAACAUCCAUUUUUACUUAUGUCAAGGCAGACUGUGCAUCAUAUGGUAUCGAUUUCCAGAAUGGAGGAAACUACUUCAUCAACAGCGCAGAUAAUUCCAGCUUCACCGCCGUCACUCAAUUUACCGGAUGCUCAGGCGAGGCUGAGGUGAUUCUCGUUGCCCCUAAUGACGAUUCAUGGGAGUGCAGUGACAUUGAGACUCAACCUGACGGUACCAACAUGCUUUCAACAUGUCCCAUCUCCAAAAAUCAGAUGUACAGCGGAACUUGGACCAUUGUUAUUUUGGCAAACAAUGGAGCUGGAGCUUCUUUCGCCGCUCAGAGAACAUUUCAACUCACCGUUGGAACUCAAGCCACAGUAACGUACAUUCCGACCGUGAAUAUCACGAAUGUCGUGACACCAUCAACAACUCUACCAACUACCAUUACUGAUACCGAUUCAACCACGCUUCCUGCUGUCACCAUCACUGCAGCUUCCGCCACUGCCAAGAAUACCGUCACAGUUACACCCAAGAAGGUUACAACUACGAAAACUUCCACCUCCACACGGACUAUUACUUCAAGAAAAUACACUUUCCCAAUCGUUACAGUUACAAAAACGGCCUCAUGCAGACUUCCAACCAAGCCUCCCAUGCAGGACGUAUACCCCAAUCAACAUUUCCUUCUCUUGGCUCAAAGUGUCACAUCCAAUUCUUCCGUCAAGCGUACUGCCAUGCCAGCACCCGCAGCUGCAGUCAUUACCCCAGCUCCAAGGGCUAAUCUUGAAAACCGAGAUGCUAUUGUUGACAUUGCUAAUGUUCUUGGACGUCGCGCUGUUGGUCGCGUCAUGGCAAAGAAGCUCAAGAAGCGUGCUCCAGAUGUUCCAACUGUGACAGUUACUGACACAAUCACAUCUGAUUGGAUCACAUCCACUGUUACCAGUACUGCUGCUACUACAACUUUCUUCAGCACAGCUACUACAACUACAUUGACCACUAUUACCCCUGUACCAGUUACUAUUCGCAGCGGAAUAACUACUGCAACCGUAACGGCACCAACACCUACAACAACAAAGACUACUCAGACUUUCACCAUCACCACAGUUACAUCGACAAUCACAUACAAGAUCACAAUCACAAAGACGACGACGCCGGCUUCGGUCAUCGCAACCUGUACUUCCAAGGGCGGUUCAAUUGUUUGA